UGUAAGGGUUAGUAUUGUCACAGAAAGAAACAGGAUAUCUGCACACAGCGAUACAGAGUUCUCUGAUCAUCAGGGUAAUGAGAUAAUAAGGUCGAUGGUUAUUCUCUCAAUGGAAAUGCAGACACACAUGGAGAUGGCACACGGAGAGAUCCAAGAGGACAGAGCAGACAAGCCAAUGGACGAGAAUACAGAAGAACAGUUCCUCAAAGAUCUCUACCUUUUCAUGAAGAAAAGAGACACACCAAUAGAGAGAAUCCCUCAUCUGGGCUUCAAACAACUUGAUUUGUUUGUGAUGUUCAACACAGUCAAGGACUUGGGCGGCUACCACCAGGUGACAUCUCAGCAGCUCUGGAAACAAGUUUACAACACACUCGGAGGAAACCCUCGCAGCACAAGCGCAGCCACAUGCACCCGCAGACACUAUGAGAAACUGUUACUGCCAUACGAAUGCCACAUCAAAGGCCUGUUAAUCAGUCUACCGCCACAGCCCAAGCACAUCCAAUAUAUAAACUUCAGAAAAGAAGAUGAUGGCCAGAGACCUGCAAAACGCAAACCAUUACCAUUACCACUGCACCAGAGCCCUCCAAAUCCCCAGUCAGACCAACAUCUGAGUUCCUUCUCUCUGAAUCCGUCCUACCACAAACUGUUCUACCCACCCUACCCAGUCCCAGCCCCCUACGGCCCUAUCCCCCCCUCCAUGCUUACUCCACACCGUCCCCCUGCACCCCAGCCCUUCCUUCCUUGUCCACCGGCUCCCAUGAGCCUGUCAGACAGAAUCACAGACCCACUGGAGCAGUUGCGCUUCUUGGCAAAACAGUAUGAGACUUCGAGCGGAUUGACAGAGCCCCUGAACCUCAGUGUCAAAGCCACAUCAAGCAGGAACAUCAACAGUAACCCUGCAUCAUCAUUCUCCCCGCCUUCAUCUAGCAAGAACCCCAAGUUUCUGAACAAACCGUCCCCUCUGUACACUGUGCAACACCCAACAGUGGAGAGAAAUGCGGUUUGUGAGACGGAAGAUGGUGGCGCAGGUUUAGAAGCCACACCCCUUCCAGACGCUCUGAAAGGCAAAGAGGGAUGCGCCGUCAAUCUUAAGACCACAGCGCCAGAGGACCCCCCUUUAUAUGACUCCGCCCCUGCCCCAAGAAACACCGGGAACUCCACAUUCCCGCUCACAAACAAUGAAGUCACCGCUGAUGUGGUCCACAAAAACAGCUCCCCAAUAACAGACGUCUACUGGUCUGCUGAAGAAAGAGACGGCAGUCCUGAAGUCAAGGAGAUACCUGGAGGAAAUGGAGGCAGGAUGGAAAUUGAGAUACCCCUGUCUAUGUUGGAUCAGUGGCUCAGGUUGUGUGGGCCCCGGGCCACUGUGCACAGGUCUCGGCAUCUGCUUAGCCAGGAUGAACAACCUGGACAAAGAAACAGCUCCAAACCCGAAGUCUUCCCCACCAACCUGACAUGUCAGAUGAAUCCCAGAGAAGCAAAUGUGCAAUCAGUAGCUAAGGAUCUAAGGUUAAGUCAGAGGAAUAUACCAAACCCCACACCACCCACCCAGCCAACCAAUGAUCACCACGCUUCAAGUCAGUGUAAUUUCACCAGCUACAGGUCUUUGCCUUCAGGUGGCAUUCAGAAAAAUGCAGCCAGCCGUGAUGUUUAUCUGUUGGAUCAGUGGGAUAAUACCGCACCGUACAGCCCCAAACCCACAAACAGCUGGGAAGCCUAUGACGGAGGGAUCCAGGCGCUCCCAGUCCAAGCCAAGAUUGACUCCAGUCCCCUCACAGCUCAGCCAGACUUUGCAGCAUCUAAAUCCUAUAAUGAAGUCGCAGAUCAGGGCAGGAAGGAGAGGCCAGACAUGGGCCCCCCGGCAGUACUAAUGCUGAAUCCCAACUCUACUUCUCUGUUACAUCUCACCACUGAAGAGGUGAUGAAGCUAAAGAAAAUCAUCUCCAGUACAUUGUGAGGACAGUUGUACUCCAACACCACAUUAAAGCUGAUCCAUGUUAUAUUAUCUUUAAAUGCAUGAAUUGUAAAUACUGUAUAUUUACUUUUAUAUGAAGUGCACUGUGUAUAGGUACCUUUUAACACUGUACAUAAUUACAGUACACAAUUUUAGUAACCCAAAAUAAUAUCAUACAAUUCCAUUAAUAAUUACCAUUAGGAACAGAGAUGAUGUGAAAACAUUUUAUGAAUAUUUUUCUGGUACAUACUUAUUACUUGUAUAAUAUUGUAUUUUUAAUCCAAUUAUAAUGUAAAUGAUAAUAAAUAAAGUUUAAUGACCAAUUUUCUGAUUGAAUGCAC